AUGAGGAAAGCACCUUGUGUCCUUGAUGAGGAAAGCCUCCAAGCUUUGUUUGAUGAGCCACUAGGAAGCGCUCAAAAAGAAGGGGAGGAUGCAGCCUCAAAGGCACUUGUGGGAGAGAAAAGAAAGAACCCAUCAGCUCAGAUAAGGUACAAGGGGAGAUCAAGACCAUUCUCUAGAGCCAAGGCCUUGGUCACUUCAGAGCAGUCCAGGGAUCCAACCAAGCUAAAGGAGCUUCUGUCUCAAGUCCUCACUAUCACCCUUGAUGGUGAUAAAGGAGCCAGCUCGACCGACAGCUCGAUCGAGCUAGAAACAAAGGCAACUCGAUCGAGUUCCACAACUCGACCAAGGGACUCAAAUUCAAGGAGAAACAAGUUUAAGAUGUUCAGAGGUGAAGGAAGCAAGGCAUCGUUCACAAAGGAGGAGAUAACAAGAGGAGCAAGGAGAAUGCUAAAGACACUAACCAAGGAAGAUGAGGAAGGGAGAAGAACCAAGAGGACUAAUGACCCAAUCAGCAGUGAGAGUGAAUUAGGAGAAUUCGAGAUUGGGUUGAACCAUGGAAGGGGAGAAAGUGAUGACUCCUCAAAUGAAGAAGGGGAAGAGGUUAAUCAAGAGAUAGAAGGAAGUGAGCAUGAGAGCAAUGAGAAUGUACCCAUGGAGGAGGCUGAGUCAGAGGAAGAGGAGCAUGAGCUCCCUAUGUACCAAGAGCACUACAAUGCUCUCUUCUCCAUGGACUUUGUGGAGACCAAGUACCCACAUGAUGACACAAUGAGGGCUCUUGGGAUCUUUGAGGAUGUGGAGUUAGUCCUCAAGAACAUGCGCUUGGGAAAAUUCUUCUCUCAUCGCAUGGAGUCAUACAAGGAGCUCACUUGUGACUUUUUGGCGUCGAUGAGGUUUCACAAGUAUGGUGAGCUCGAUCGAGCUGAGUUGGACCUGGGGAUGGAUAACAUUCUUGGCAAGAGGAGAAAGGAAGGAUUCUCCUCUUCAAGAUCCAAGGCUGCUCAGAUAAGGAGCCCUGUGCUAAGAUAUGUACACAAGGCCCUUGCCAACACCUUCUUUGCAAGGAAGGCCACUGGUACAAUCAAUGAGGGAGAAGUAAAAAUCCUUGACAUGGGGAUUAAGCCCAUCAUCUCACGCACAAAGGAUGGGAAGAAGAUCAGAGGAGAUAGGAUCCACGCAGAGAAUCUCAUGCCCCUCCUUGAGCAGCUACUCUCCUAG